UAAACCAAAGCUUUAGAGAAAUAUUCAGAAAUAUUACCAAAUGCACUCGGUAGACCUGUUUACGUGAAAUGGAUAUUCUCGAAACCGCACUCGGGAGGUCACCUUACAGAGGGAGCAUUUCCUGUCUCAGGACAAAAAGUCCCAGGAAUUCAGAGGGAAAUAUUUUUACAGUCAUUAUUCCAAGCUCAGAGUCAGAUACGCUUAGCAUCAGGUGGCAAACUGUGUUAGUGGAAGUCUACACAGCAUUGGUACUGACAGGGCCUCUUUUAAGUAGGUGGAACGGGUCCGGACGGGUCCGAAGAGUUCAGUCAGGGGAGGAGAGGAGCCUGGCCAGCAUCAUGGAGAAGCUGUUUGUGUUGGUCUUUGCUCUCACCCUGCUGGCUUUUUCCUCAGAGGCCUCCCCGAUUCUGACAGAAAAGCAAGCCAAGCAGCUCCUGAGGUCCCGGCGACAGGACAGGCCCAGCAAACCUGGAUUCCCUGAUGAGCCCAUGCGGGAGUAUGUGCACCACCUGCUGGCCCUGGAGCACCGCGCCGAGGAGCUGUUUCUGGAACACUGGCUGAAUCCCCACUGCAAGCCUCACUGCGAUAGGAACCUGGUCCACCCCGUGUAGGGCCCCGGAGCGGACUCGGUUUCCAGGCAGUGAUCCGGAGGCUGCUGGGACAGAGAGAAGCUCGUCUUCCAUCUGAUCUGGAACUGCAGAAAUGAGGCCUUUUGACCUCAGGAACUUGCGGCCCUUUGUGGGAAGGCUAGAAGUGGCCUUCAGAGGAAAUGACAAAUACAUAUUCUGCUUCGUUUUACUAACCUGCCCACAUUGUGAAAACUAACAGCUUGACUCACAGGACCCUGAGAGCCUUCCUACCAGUUUGCAAGUAGGCUUAGCCCCAGUCCUCCCAAGAGGGAUGGAGUUGGGGGCUGGAGAACAGGCCUGGGGCGGGGUGUCUGUACUGUGGGCUCUCUUGCUCAGAGGGGGGAAGUGCAUCACUGGGAGCUGCUGAAUUUGGGGUCCUCUGCUUUUUCAUUUCUCUGCGGCACUAAUAAAGGCUGGUGUCUAAUC